AUGGCGCCGAGAGAGCCCGCGCGAGCUCUCAAAGCAGGCGGAACAGAGCAUUCCCGCUCUCAUUCCGCAAGGAACAGAUCCCCUCACCGGAGACACGCUCACCAGGCAGAAAACCACCACGAUUGCAAGCAUCGCGAAGAGGAGCCUCGCCGGAGACGUAUUAGAUCAAGCCGCGCGACCAGCGGCCCUAAGGCGUCCUCGCAGACUGCCACGAGAAUGAGAGCUAGUGAAAAUGAUGGACGCUACGCGUCAGCUUACCCUCAAGAUAUUCGAAUGACUUAUUCUCAUGCUGAUUCGAGCUUGAUCGCAUCUCCUGCGUCCUACACUUCUUCGACAACGCAGGUUCGAGGUGACCAUCCGAGCGAUGUUCAGGGCGACAGGAUGAGCGAGACCGAGAUUCCUGUUCACCUCGACGACAACAAUGAUGGCUACUACUGUUGUGGAUGUGGUAUCCGCCGUUCUGACGAGCACCACAAGAUCCGCAAAUUUCGGGUUGGAGAACCAGUAUGGCGCAACUUUUGUCACUCAUGCCACGAAAAGCAUCUUGCCAGCAGUGACUACAGAAAGCUGAAGCAGUACGGUAAUUUUUGCUUCGGUUGUGGCUUUGCUCGCUCUUCCCAUUUCAACAAGCAGCAUCCCGUCAAACGCGACCAUCAGCCCGCCAAGAACUUCUGCGCCCACUGCAUGAAGCGGAAGUUCAGAAAGGCAGUCACUCCCGCCGAGACUGUCCUCGAAUUCUCGUCCGAUGAGAGCGACGAUAAUUUGGAGGAAGACUCUGAUGACACUCUUCGCCCCCAAUCUUCUGAUCGGUUUGUCCGACAACAUGACGCCAACGCGGAUGAUCAGAGCAGGCUUGAGUGCGGUACUACAAACGGCGCGGGAGGCUCGCAGAAGUUCAGUAAUGAAUCUGCUGAUAUCUCGCCUUUGAGAUCCGUCCAGGAUCGGCUGCGCAAGCGCCGCUCUGACCGAUACGCACCCAUCACUCGAGAGUCUACUGCCGGGCUUCAUGAUAGGAUCAUUCACGACAAUAUAGCAUCCGGUGCCAACAGCAGCUACAAGUCUCCGAGCGUUGAAGACGCCUCCGGUGCAACGACUUGUCAGCCAGAUCACAAAGAAGCACUUUCAGACGGCCAGACUCCGCAUGCAAAGCAGGCCUCUGCUGCUAUCCCUCGCACUCCAAGCCCGCAGACCGACCCUCUGCCACGCGUGGACGAUACGAAAGACAGUGCUAUUGGCGUCGGAUCGUCGUAUUGUUCAGACCAAAUCUCCCCGUCCAAGAGAGCCACCUUUAACGAGCGCGUGGAGGUUCGCACGUCCCCUACGUAUUGGCAACAUGAACACUCGGAGAACGAUGACAGCUACGCAAACUUUCGAUCUGAGCAAUACCACGAGGCUCUCGGAGACGGCAAGAAAGCUACCCCACUCGAAGCUCCCUUGCGAGAUCCGGACGGCUUUAGUGCCCGACGCGAUCAUUCUCCGCAUUAUAGCGUCGACGAGGAGAGCUUCAACUCUUGGAGCGUUCCGACUGUCGGAUAUGAUGGCUUUGCGGCAUCCAACACUUUCAACUGCAGUCCGUUGGCCGGCAAUGCUAGUUCAACGCAACCCCAUCCCAGUAGUCUAUACACUGCCAAAGAUUGCCACUCGACCAAUCGAUCUACCAGCAGCUGCGGCAACUUUUCAAGAACCCAAAGCUUAGAUUCAACCUUCACCGACCGGAUUUCAGACCCCAGAGACAGAUGGUCGCAACGAAGAGGCGAGAACAGCUCUCAUCGCAACCUUGGAAAGGAGAAUCAGCCUUGCUCCACGAAAUACUCGCGCUGCGAUGAUGCCUCCACGCUUUAUGACCACGUCGGCGCCACGGAUGGCUCCCGAGAGCAUCGUGACACCAGCUGGUCUUACGACUACGAUGGAGCCUCCUCUACUAAACAUGCGGACAGCUCUCGCUUCUCAGAACCUUAUGGUGCCUGGGGCUUUCAAUCAGCUCGUUCUGGUAACCGCCAGCCAGCCUCUUUCAACAGCAGCACUGAAGAGCCCCUGCGCGGCUUCCAAGAUCUGCCUCAGACUUCUGAUCAAAGUAGUGAAAGCGCCCCAUUCAACAAGCCAUACCAGCCAUCGUCCUGGAACGGUCAGGAUUCGAGCCAUUAUCACCCCGAUUCCCGCAACAGACAGCAAGAUCACCAUCCGCAUUCUACGAACAAUAGUUGGGAUCGACACGGCCAAUCGAACGAAGGCCAAGCUCCUAGCAGCUCGAACCGUUUCUCCUCUGGUUCAAGCAGCUACAAUACUCGCCAACCACCCAACUACAUGUACGAGACUUCCUGCGACGCCGACAAUCCUGCUGAUUCCACCGCUACCGGUCACACGCAGUCUUCGUUGUACGAGCCGAGGCUCCCCCCUGUCGGCUUUGCCAUGGAGAUCCCUGACGACAUGUCUAAGAGCGAAGUCCAGACCAUGUUCAUCCCCGGCUAUGACGACUACGUCCCCUGGCGCAGCACCAGCUCAGUCUAA